AUGUUCGUGACCAGAAAGAUACCUUUGGUUGGAGGAUCAGUUGUGGUUGUUGUCGGAGGCUCAGUUGUGGUUGUAGUUGGAGGCUCAGUUGUGGUUGUUGUAGUCGGAGGCUCAGUUGUGGUUGUUGUCGGAGGCUCAGUUGUGGUUGUUGUCGGAGGCUCAGUUGUGGUUGUAGUCGGAGGCUCAGUAGUGGUUGUUGUCGGAGGCUCAGUUGUGGUUGUUGUCGGAGGCUCAGUUGUGGUUGUAGUCGGAGGCUCAGUUGUGGUUGUUGUCGGAGGCUCAGUUGUGGUUGUAGUCGGAGGCUCAGUAGUGGUUGUUGUCGGAGGCUCAGUUGUGGUUGUAGUCGGAGCCUCAGUUGUGGUUGUUGUCGGAGGCUCAGUUGUGGUUGUUGUCGGAGGCUCAGUUGUGGUUGUAGUCGGAGCCUCAGUUGUGGUUGUUGUAGUCGGAGGCUCAGUUGUGGUUGUUGUCGGAGGCUCAGUUGUGGUUGUUUCGGAGGCUCAGUUGUGCUUGUUGUCGGAGGCUCAGUUGUGGUUGUUGUCGGAGGCUCAGUUGUGGUUGUAUUGUGGUUGUUGUCGGAGGCUCAGUUGUGGUUGUAGUCGGAGCCUCAGUUUCGGAGGCUCAGUUGUGGUUGUUGUAGUCGGAGGCUCAGUUGUAGUUGUUGUCGGAGGCUCAGUUGUGGUUGUUGUCGGAGGCUCAGUUGUGGUUGUUGUCGGAGGCUCAGUUGUGGUUGUUGUCGGAGGCUCAGUUGUGGUUGUUGUCGGAGGCCUGGUUGUGGUUGUUGUAGUCGGAGGCCCAGUUGUGGUUGUAGUUGGACGCUCGGUUGUGGUUGUUGUAGUCGGAGGCUCAGUUGUGGUUGUAGUCGGAGGCUCAGUUGUGGUUGUUGUCGGAGGCUCGGUUGUGGUUGUAGUCGGAGGCUCGGUUGUGGUUGUUGUAGUCGGAGGCUCGGUUGUGGUUGUUGUAGUCGGAGGCUCAGUUGUGGUUGUAGUCGGAGGCUCAGUUGUGGUUGUUGUCGGAGGCUCGGUUGUGGUUGUUGUAGUCGGAGGCUCAGUUAUGGUUGUUGUCGGAGGCCUGGUUGUGGUUGUUGUAGUCGGAGGCCCAGUUGUGGUUGUAGUUGGACGCUCGGUUGUGGUUGUUGUAGUCGGAGGCUCAGUUGUGGUUGUUGUUGGAGGCUCAGUUGUGGUUGUUGUAGUCGGGGGCUUGGUUGUGGUUGUUGUCGGAGGCUCAGUUGUGGUUGUUGUCGGAGGCUCAGUUGUGGUUGUAGUCGGAGGCUCGGUUGUGGUUGUUGUAGUCGGAGGCUCAGUUGUGGUUGUUGUCGGAGGCUCAGUUGUGGUUGUUGUCGGAGGCUCGGUUGUGGUUGUUGUAGUCGGAGGCUCAGUUGUGGUUGUUGUCGGAGGCUCAGUUGUGGUUGUUGUCGGAGGCUCGGUUGUGGUUGUUGUAGUCGGAGGCUCAGUUGUGGUUGUUGUCGGAGGCCUGGUUGUGGUUGUUGUAGUCGGAGGCCCAGUUGUGGUUGUAGUUGGACGCUCGGUUGUGGUUGUUGUAGUCGGAGGCUCAGUUGUGGUUGUAGUCGGAGGCUCAGUUGUGGUUGUUGUCGGAGGCUCGGUUGUGGUUGUAGUCGGAGGCUCAGUUGUGGUUGUUGUAGUCGGGGGCUUGGUUGUGGUUGUUGUCGGAGGCUCAGUUGUGGUUGUUGUCGGAGGCUCAGUUGUGGUUGUAGUCGGAGGCUCGGGUGUUGUUGUUGUAGUCGGAGGCUCAGUUGUGGUUGUUGUCGGAGGCUCAGUUGUGGUUGUUGUCGGAGGCUCGGUUGUGGUUGUUGUAGUCGGAGGCUCAGUUGUGGUUGUUGUCGGAGGCCUGGUUGUGGUUGUUGUAGUCGGAGGCCCAGUUGUGGUUGUAGUUGGACGCUCGGUUGUGGUUGUUGUAGUCGGAGGCUCAGUUGUGGUUGUAGUCGGAGGCUCAGUUGUGGUUGUUGUCGGAGGCUCGGUUGUGGUUGUAGUCGGAGGCUCGGUUGUGGUUGUUGUAGUCGGAGGCUUGGUUGUGGGUUGUUGUAUCGGAGGCUCAGUUAUGGUUGUUGUCGGAGGCCUGGUUGUGGUUGUUGUAGUCGGAGGCCCAGUUGUGGUUGUAGUUGGACGCUCGGUUGUGGUUGUUGUAGUCGGAGGCUCAGUUGUGGUUGUUGUUGGAGGCUCAGUUGUGGUUGUUGUAGUCGGGGGCUUGGUUGUGGUUGUUGUCGGAGGCUCAGUUGUGGUUGUUGUCGGAGGCUCGGUUGUGGUUGUAGUCGGAGGCUCGGUUGUGGUUGUUGUAGUCGGAGGCUCAGUUGUGGUUGUUGUCGGAGGCUCAGUUGUGGUUGUUGUCGGAGGCUCGGUUGUGGUUGUUGUAGUCGGAGGCUCAGUUAUGGUUGUUGUCGGAGGCCUGGUUGUGGUUGUUGUAGUCGGAGGCCCAGUUGUGGUUGUAGUUGGACGCUCGGUUGUGGUUGUUGUAGUCGGAGGCUCAGUUGUGGUUGUUGUCGGAGGCCUGGUUGUGGUUGUUGUAGUCGGAGGCCCAGUUGUGGUUGUAGUCGGAGGCUCGGUUGUGGUUGUUGUAGUCGGAGGCUCAGUUGUGGUUGUUGUCGGAGGCUCAGUUGUGGUUGUUGUCGGAGGCUCGGUUGUGGUUGUUGUAGUCGGAGGCUCAGUUAUGGUUGUUGUCGGAGGCCUGGUUGUGGUUGUUGUAGUCGGAGGCCCAGUUGUGGUUGUAGUUGGACGCUCGGUUGUGGUUGUUGUAGUCGGAGGCUCAGUUGUGGUUGUAGUCGGAGGCUCGGUUGUGGUUGUAGUCGGAGGCUCGGUUGUGGUUGUAGUCGGAGGCUCGGUUGUGGUUGUUGUAGUCGGAGGCUCAGUUGUGGUUGUAGUCGGAGGCUCAGUUGUGGUUGUAGUCGGAGGCUCGGUUGUGGUUGUAGUCGGAGGCUCAGUUGUGGUUGUUGUCGGAGGCUCAGUUGUGGUUAUUGUCGGAGGCUCAGUUGUGGUUGUUGUCGGAGGCCUGGUUGUGGUUGUUGUAGUCGGAGGCUCAGUUGUGGUUGUUGUCGGAGGCUCAGUUGUGGUUGUUGUCGGAGGCUCGGUUGUGGUUGUUGUAGUCGGAGGCCUGGUUGUGGUUGUUGUCGGAGGCCUGGUUGUGGUUGUUGUAGUCGGAUGCCCAGUUGUGGUUGUAGUUGGAGGCUCGGUUGUGGUUGUUGUAGUCGGAGGCUCAGUUGUGGUUGUAGUCGGAGGCUCGGUUGUGGUUGUAGUCGGAGGCUCAGUUGUGGUUGUUGUCGGAGGCCUGGUUGUGGUUGUUGUAGUCGGAGGCCCAGUUGUGGUUGUAGUUGGAGGCUCGGUUGUGGUUGUUGUAGUCGGAGGCUCAGUUGUGGUUGUAGUCGGAGGCUCAGUUGUGGUUGUAGUCGGAGGCUCGGUUGUGGUUGUAGUCGGAGGCUCAGUUGUGGUUGUUGUCGGAGACCUGGUUGUGGUUGUUGUAGUCGGAUGCCCAGUUGUGGUUGUAGUUGGAGGCUCGGUUGUGGUUGUUGUAGUCGGAGGCUCAGUUGUGGUUGUUGUCGGAGGCUCAGUUGUGGUUGUUGUCGGAGGCUCGGUUGUGGUUGUUGUAGUCGGAGGCUCAGUUGUGGUUGUUGUCGGAGGCCUGGCUAAAUGCUAA